UUCUCCUCUCUCUCAGCAAGUCACGCCAAGGGAGCACAACAUGCACUUGCUUGCUGCUUGUCUCCUGGCGGCGGCUGUCAUGGCUAUGGUCGUUCGGGUGGAUGGCCAUUCUGCCUGGCUCUGUCCCAAGCCGCGCUCGCCCUCGACUGGGCUCAAGGACUAUCCGUGCGGACGUAGCGUCUUCAACAAGUGGGACGGGCCAUGGACCUCGGUGGCGCCCGGCAAGCUCACUGUGUCCUGGCAUGAGACCAUCAACCACAACGGCGCGCCGUAUCGCAUCGCACUCUCACUCGGAUCCGGCCCCGACGGGCUGGUGGGUGAUUGCACCUUUGAGGACGUGGUCCUUGCUGAUCACAUUCCGCACUGGGACAUGGCAUCGUCGGACAAGACAUACUACUUUACGGUCGACAUUCCGAACGUGGACGCGCCGUUUGCCACGCUCCAGCUCCUCAAUCCGAUGACUGACAAGCUAAUGGGCACCUCGUGCUCGACGAUCGGCAACGUGGAUGAUCCCGAGUGCUUCUCGGUCUACCACUCGUGCGCGUCGAUCAGCAUCACUGGCACCACGCCAGUCGCCGACUUUCUGGCCUCGUACACGUACACCACGCCGCCUGGCCUGCCGGCGCCGCCGACGCCAAAUGCAUGGAGCAAGGGAGAGAGCGGGACGUGGACCAACGGCUGGCUCCAGGGCCAGAGUACGACGGUCCACGGCGACGCAUGCACCGAGUCGACGGCGCCGGCCAACUGGCGGACGUUCCAUGGAACGUGCGCAGACUGCGGAUACCCGAGCACAUGUGGCGUUGAUCGGCCGCCGUCGCCGCCCGCGCCGCCGCCGCCACCUGGCUCGACGUCCUCUUCAGGUUCAACCUCAUCGGGCUCCAGCACGGCGUCUGGCAAUCCAGCACAGACCCAGUCUCCGUCGAGUACUGAUGACGACAAGGUCCUGGGCAUGUCCAGGACAGCAUUUGGCGGCGUCCUUGCAGGCAUCGUCAUCGUCAUUGUUGUCAUCGGCGGCGCGGUUGCAUUCAUCGUCCACCGCGCCCGAUCGUCUGCUUCAUCGCUCGCGAUGCCUGCCUACCAAGCAGCAGACACAGAUGCCGUCGCUCUCAACAACCGUUUUUAACUCGCCCCCGCCGCCGUCUGCCUCGGGCGGACCCACUCAAGCCAUUUCUUCCCAGCCUCCCCCUCCCUUCUCCUAACUAGCUCUGCCUCUUCCACUAGCGAGGCAUGCUCCCAAGCUCAAUCUCAACCUCUUGCUGCAUCUACAGCGCCCGCAAGUCGAACUCAGUGCCUCUGCAACAAACCGUCGCGUAUUUUUC